AUGAGCCAAACGAGAAUCAGACUAGGACUGAGACCGAGAACCCUCGAGCCAGUUACGAGCACUUCAUAUAAGGAACAAACUGAGGGCAACACCAAGGAGCAAGCGAUUGCGCUGCGCAAUGGAAACUUCGAAGAUGCCGACGAUAAGGUCAAGUGCUAUGCCAAUUGCUUUUUGGAGAGGGCUGGCUUUAUAGUCGAGGGUCAGAUCAACGGAGAUGCGGUGCUGCAGAAGCUGGCGCCCGCCGCCGGAGCGGAUCAAGUGAAGGCCGCUCUGGCCACCUGUGCGUCGAUCAAAGGUGCCAAUAAGUGCGACACCGGCUUUCAGAUCUAUCGAUGCUUCUAUAGGAAUCGGGCUUGGGCCUAGAGCUUAGCUAAGUAGUUUGAAAUAAAU